AUGGAGGAUCCAGGGGCCGAGAGGCCUGUCAGCCUGACCUUGGUAUCAGAGAAAGUUAUGGAGCAGGGCAUCUUGAAGGUUAUCACACAGCAGGUGUGUGACAACCAGGAGAUCAGGCCCAGCAAACAUGAGGUCAUGAAAGGCAGGUCCUGCCUCACCAACCUGAGCUCCUUCUACAACCAGGUGACCUACCUAGUGGAUGAGGGAAAGGCUGUGGACACUGUCUACUUAGACUGCAGUGAGGCCUUUGACACAGUCUCCCACUGCCUUCUCCUGGAGAAACUGGCAGCUCAGGGCUUAGACAAGUGGACUCUUUACAACCUCUGGAGUGACCAGAGCCUGGAGACGGACCCUGACCUCCCCCCGGGCUGGAGGAAAAUCCAUGAUUCUGUGGGCACCUACUACUGGCAUGUGCCGACCGGCACAACACAAUGGCAGCAUCCAGCUUGCACCGCUGGCCCAGGCAGGAGCCUGGAGUCCGAUGGAGAGGAGGUGCUCCAGAAAAUGGACCACCAGGCCUCCACAGUGAAUCAAUCCUUGAAGGACAGACCCAUUCCCAGUCCUAUGGCUUCACUGUCCAGGAGGACCUCACUGCCCUGGCAUGGAGAUGACUUCCAGCACAGCACUGAGCCCGGCUCCAAGUGCUUCGCCGUGCGCUCGCUGGGCUGGGUGGAGAUCCCCGAGGAGGACCUGGCACCUGGUAAGAGCAGCAUCGCCGUCAACAACUGCAUCCAGCAGCUCUCCAACAGCAAGAGCCAGGGCCAAGGCUCUGUGGGCAGUCGGGGUGAGGCCCAGAACCUGGUGAUGAUCCUGAAGAAGGACACCAUGAGCCUGGUGGACCCCCUGGACCACAGCCUCAUCCACUGCCAGCCCAUUCUCAACAUCCGCGUCUGGGGUGUUGGCUGCAACAACGGCAGGGACAGGGACUUUGCAUUUGUGGCCAGCGACAAGGAUACCUGCGUGCUCAAGUGUCACGUCUUUCACUGCAACGUGCCAGCCAAGGGCAUUGCCAAGGCACUGCAUGAAAUGUGCUCCAAGAUCAUGGCCGAGCGAGCAGUGGCAAGCAGCAGGCUCCCACGGGCCAUCGCCUUGGAGCCCAUGUCCCCCGAUGAUCUGCCACUGCAAGUGGACAUCCUGGACGCUGUGAGACAGUCCAUCCAGAAGUACGAGGCACUGUAUAUAGGCAGCCUGCCCGUGCCCAGGGCCAUGGGGAUGGAUGUGCUGAACGAGGCCAUUGAGAAGCUGACGAGAGGCCCUGGACGGGAGCGCUGGACGCCCUCCCUCAUCAGCGUGUCAGACACGGCCAUGAGGGUGCACCCAGCACAGGAGGAAGAGGAGGAGGCAGCGCACAUCUGGGAAUGCCAGGUUCGGUACGUGACCUUCAUCGGCGUGGGCAGGGAUGCACACACCUUCGCCCUCAUCGUGGACACGGGGCAGCGCUUCCAGUGCACGGCGUUCUGGUGCGAGCCUGAUGCGGGCACCAUCUCGGAGGCGGUGCAGGCGGCCUGCAUGGGGUGGCGAUUUGGAAGUUCCGUGCUGUGGCUGAGUGUACCCGCGCUGGGGCUGCGCGUGUGGGGCCGAGCGGCCUCCGCAGCAGCGUGGGGUCCCUGCGCGGGCCCCGCUGCCCCCGCAGGCUCACCCCCGAGAUCGCUGGGGCCGCCCCCGCUCGGGCCCGUCAACCCUGCCCUGCGGACAGGGAGCGUGAGGCCGCCUGCAGAGGAGCCCUCCGAGGACUGCGAUGUGCCCGCAGACGCUGUCCUCGUCCCGCUGCGGGAGGCCCUGGACGCCUGCCGGCCCACAGUGCAGAAACAAGUGUGUGAGGACAUUGGGCGGCGGCUGACAGUCCUCGGGGACAUGUGGGCUCAGGGGAAGCUGUCAGCCCCUGUGAGGAAGAGGAUGAGCCUCCUGGUGCAAGAGCUGCAGCGAUGUUCCUGGGAUGCAGCUGAUGAGAUCCACCGCUCGCUCAUGGUGGACCACGUGAACGAGGUGAGCCAGUGGCUGGUGGGUGUCAAGCGCCUGAUCGCCGAGAUGAGGAACCUGCCCACAGGGGAGCUCGCUGAACCCCACGGUGACAAGACUGAGACCGGGCCUGACCAGGAAGCUGCCUGA